AUGCAAUUUCGAACGGUUCUUCUGCUUGUUGUAUUUUUAACCAUUGUUGUAGAAACUCUGUCGGAUGGAGUUUCUAGUCGAAAAAGCAAUAGCUAUAGUGCAUCGGUAUUAGAUCGCCGAGAUCGAAAGAAUAACGAUUAUAGCAAAUAUGAUAGUCAUGAUCACGUAGAAGAUGACUAUGUACCAUCAUCAAGUAAUCGUCGUAAUCGCUAUCCUUCCUAUAGCUCGUCAGCGGUGUCGAAUGAUUAUACAUCACGAACACGCUGGCCAGCACAAUAUGAAAAUCCGUAUGAUGCUGAUGAUUGGUCAGAUCAUAGUUAUGGAUUUAGUAAAUUCUUAUCGACCUUUCCUGGAACAUUUUUAUCUGAAAUGCCUUUUCAAAGUGGUCCAACGUGCCAUUCUUUAGUUGAUCCACAAUAUGCACUCUUUUCGGAUAUUUGCGGUGCUGUUCCACAAGCUCGUUAUUCCUUGCCGAACUCGUUUGGUCACGUCGAAAAGUGGCAAAUAGCACAAGCUUUGACAACAAUAUUGGAUCCAAUGAUAACACCACCAGGCUGUACACGCUCGUUACGUCUUUUAUUGUGUCCAUUACUCUUUCCGCCGUGUUCAACACCAUUUGACGCACCACCAGUUCUUCCAUGCCAGCCAUUCUGUCGAGCUAUCAAAAACCAAUGUGCUGCACCUGCGCUUGAUCUUCUUCCUUGCGAACUGCUUCCACCAGUCUCCGAUCUUUGUCCAAUCAAUCCAUCACCAUACAGUUCACUUCUCUCAUCCUUUGCUCAACCAUUACCAUUUAACGGUGGUUUACCACCUACAGCACUUUCAUCCAUUUUAACACAAUCUGCUCUAUCGCAGUUAGACAUGCCGCUGUCGCCUUUUUCAUCAUUUCUUGCAUCUGCAAAUCCUCCUCUAACACCACCGUCUGUCACAAUUCCAUCACCUUUUCCAUCAUUGGCUCCAUCGGUAAAUGUUCCUUUUGCGCCAACAUCUGCAGCUCCUUCACCACCAUUCCAAUCAUCACCGCCAUCUGGAUAUCCUGCUUUGCCCACAGCGUCAUCAGCUCCUCCAAUGUCAUUUCAAUCAUUAGUUUCGUCUCAAAAUCCAUCUCUAACAACAUUCCCAUCAGCUCCUACAUCGUCAAUCCAAUCGAUAAUUCCAUCUCUAAAUCUUCCUGCGGCAACACUUUCGGAACUUUCAUCGUCGGCGUUUCCUUCAUUAUUACCUCCACCUGCUUUACCAUCGUCUCCGUUCGCAUCAUUGUUCUCAGGUACAUCUAUGUCUCCAUUUCCACCAGGCUUCAAUCCUUUUAGCAACAUGGAUCCUUUCUCGGACACAUUAACUCCGAUCUUGGUUGAUUUUCCACCUCGUCGAAUGAUGCAUGAUUAUCGUCAGCGACAAAAAUACUUUCCUAUGACACGUUCGGCAACUGAAAAGGUUUAG